AACAUAAUUUAAAUGAAAGAUAAUUCCGAUUAGAGAGUGGUGGUCGGAAAUGGCUUGUGGAGUUUCAUCUUCAAGUCUUGUUCUGCAUCCGAACCUCACUUCUUCAAAUUCCUUGCAUCGCCAAAGGCUUCGUCAUCAUCAUCAUCAUGCGAUCCCCAAGAUCAUAUGUCAGAUUGGUUCCUCUCGUGAUUCUUCUGUCUCCACUGAUGAAGUCCGGAACGUCCGUCCAUUAACCGGCGGUGCCUAUGGUUUCGAAAAAGCGACGACUUCGCUUACUCGUAAGGCUCUAUCUUGUCCCAAGAGAGUGACUCUUAUAAGGCAUGGCCUUAGUUCUUGGAAUGAAGAGGGUCGUAUUCAGGGAAGUUCGAAUAAAUCGGUCUUGACAGAGAUAGGUAAGGCACAAGCACGUAGGUGUAGAGAAGCCCUUGAGGAUAUACACUUCGACCGAUGUUUCUCCAGCCCCAUAUCUCGAGCCAAGACUACAGCGGAAUUGAUGUGGGAAGGGCGGGAAGAGCCUCUCGUGUUCCUCGACUCGUUGAUGGAGGCUCAUGUCUUUUUUCUCGAGGGCAUGAGAAAUGGUCCGUACAAUCUACAUAUCCUAAUUUUCCUUUGAUUUUUACGUACAUUUAGAAGGCAUUGUUUACCAACAUGUGUGUAUAUGUAUAUGUAUAUGUAUAUGUAUAUGUAUAUAUAUGUA